GGUGUGUGUGGCUGCUGUGGCGCCCUACGCCCCAGGUACAAAAGGCUGGUUGACAACAUCUUCCCUGAGGACCCCGAGGAUGGCCUGGUGAAGACCAACAUGGAGAAGCUAACCUUCUACGCCCUCUCAGCUCCAGAGAAGCUGGAUCGGAUCGGCGCCUAUCUCUCCGAGAGGCUCAUCCGUGAUGUGGGUCGUCAUCGAUAUGGGUACGUGUGCAUCGCCAUGGAGGCGCUGGACCAGCUGCUCAUGGCCUGCCACUGCCAGAGCAUCAACCUCUUUGUGGAGAGCUUCCUCAAGAUGGUGGCCAAGCUGCUGGAGUCGGAGAAGCCCAACCUGCAGAUCCUGGGCACCAACUCGUUUGUGAAGUUUGCCAACAUCGAGGAGGACACCCCAUCCUAUCAUCGGAGCUAUGACUUCUUUGUGUCCCGCUUCAGUGAGAUGUGCCACUCCAGCCAUGAUGACUUGGAAAUCAAGACUAAAAUCCGAAUGUCAGGCAUCAAGGGGCUGCAAGGGGUGGUGAGGAAGACGGUGAAUGAUGAGCUGCAGGCCAAUAUCUGGGACCCACAGCACAUGGACAAGAUCGUCCCAUCACUGCUUUUCAACCUGCAGCACGUCGAGGAGGCAGAGAGCCGGUCCCCCUCGCCCCUUCAAGCGCCGGAGAAGGAAAAGGAGAACCCGGCAGAGCUGGCUGAGAGGUGCCUUCGGGAACUGUUGGGCCGGGCUGCCUUUGGUAACAUCAAAAAUGCCAUCAAGCCUGUUCUCAUCCAUCUGGAUAACCAUUCUCUGUGGGAGCCCAAGGUGUUCGCCAUUCGCUGCUUUAAAAUCAUCAUGUAUUCGAUUCAGCCGCAGCACUCCCACCUGGUUAUCCAGCAGCUCCUGAGCCACCUGGAUGCCAACAGCCGCAGUGCGGCUACGGUGCGGGCGGGCAUCGUGGAGGUCCUGUCGGAGGCUGCUGUCAUCGCCGCCACUGGCUCUGUGGGGCCCACGGUGCUGGAGAUGUUCAACACUCUGCUGAGGCAGCUGCGGCUCAGCAUCGACUACGCCCUGACCGGGAGCUAUGACGGGGCCAUCAGCCUGGGCACCAAGAUCAUCAAGGAGCACGAAGAGCGCAUGUUCCAGGAGGCUGUCAUCAAGACCAUAGGCUCCUUUGCCAGCACGCUGCCCACUUAUCAGCGCUCCGAGGUGAUCCUCUUCAUCAUGAGCAAGGUCCCACUGCCUUCUCUGCAUCACCCCAUGGAGACGGGGAGGACAGGGGAGAACAGGAACCGGCUGACCCAGAUUAUGCUGCUGAAAUCCCUCCUUCAGGUGUCCAUAGGUUUCCAGUGCAACAACAUGAUGUCAGCCCUGCCCAGCAACUUCCUUGACCGCCUUCUGUCCACCGCCCUCAUGGAUGAUGCAGAGAUCCGUCUCUUUGUUCUAGAGAUUCUCAUCAGUUUCAUUGAUCGUCAUGGCAACCGCCACAAGUUCUCUUCCAUCAGUACCCUCAGUGACAUCUCUGUUCUGAAGCUAAAAGUGGACAAGUGCUCCCGACAGGACACCGUCUUCAUGAAGAAGCACUCCCAGCAGCUCUACAGACACAUCUACCUGAGCUGCAAGGAGGAGACAAACAUACAGAAGCACUACGAGGCGCUCUACGGCUUGCUGGCACUCAUCAGCAUCGAGCUAGCCAACGAGGAGGUAGUGGUGGACCUCAUCCGCCUGGUGCUGGCUGUUCAGGACUUGGCUCAGGCCAACGAAGAGAACUUGCCUGUGUACAACCGCUGUGCCCUCUACGCCCUGGGCGCAGCCUACCUGAAUCUCAUCAGCCAGCUCACGACAGUGCCUGCCUUCUGUCAGCACAUCCACGAGGUGAUAGAGACCAGGAAGAAAGAAGCUCCAUACAUGCUCCCCGAGGACGUGUUUGUGGAGAGGCCCAGGCUGUCUCAGAAUCUUGAUGGAGUGGCGACUGAGUUCCUCUUCCGCCAGAGCAAGAUCAGUGAAGUCCUGGGGGGCAGUGGCUACAAUUCAGACAGGCUCUGCCUGCCCUACAUCCCUCAGCUGACAGAUGAAGAUCGUUUGUCCAAGAGGAAGAGCAUUGGAGAAACCAUCUCCUUGCAGGUGGAGGUGGAAUCAAGGAACAGCCCUGAGAAGGAGGAGCGAGUGCCUGCAGAAGAGAUCACCUAUGAGACACUAAAGAAGGCCAUUGUGGACAGUGUGGCCGUGGAGGAGCAGGAACGUGAACGGCGGCGACAGGUGGUGGAGAAGUUCCAGAAGGCACCCUUCGAGGAGAUUGCGGCACACUGCGGGGCCCGGGCGUCACUGCUGCAGAGCAAACUCAAUCAGAUCUUCGAAAUCACCAUUCGGCCCCCACCAAGCCCAUCGGGAACCAUCACCGCAGCCUACGGCCAGCCUCAGAACCACUCCAUCCCUGUCUACGAGAUGAAGUUUCCAGAUCUGUGUGUAUACUAGAGAUGGAGCUCCUCGAAGAGGUGGGGUCUGAGGGAGGGGCUCGCCCUCACACCCCACCCCUACUACAUGCAAAUCUAACUGGGACCUCAGAAAAGUCACCUUGGAUGGCAGCACCUUCCCAACUAAGCAAGAUAGAGCCCAGACCCUCCCACUUCCACCUUGUCUUCCCUGAGGGCGUCGGCCACCUGGCCCUCUACAGCCAAUAAGCCUCUCACCUGUACUCUAGUCUCCUCUUUGGUGUCAGCGAGGGGCCAAGAAUCAUGGGGCGUCUGUGGUCCUGAGGAGCUCCUAGGUGGGGUAGCAAGUGAUCGAUGUUUAUGAUGGGGGGAUGAGAGGAGGCACAGCCGCCACCCCCAGGAGGGAACUGGAUGGAGACACAGUGGUCAAGGGAAGCUGCAGACAGCAGUCAGGAGGCAGCCCUGCUGGGAGAGCUGAGGUUGAGUGACGCUCUCCCCCAGAGCAUCCCCCCUCCAGUCUGAGGCCCUCAGGUCUCCAGUGUCUCUUCCACUCUCCUGCUCACCCUGCCAGCUGUCUCUUCGUGAUUCUUUCUUUUAUUAAUUAAUGCUGAGCCCUUAUAACAGGAGCUGGGGUAGAGACACCACAGGCAGCAAAGGCUCCACGAUGUGCAGCGGCUGCUGGUGGAGGGUUGAGCCCAGGCUGGGCCUGCCUCCCCGGGAGGGGCAGCAGGCAGACGUGGGCAGGUCCUUCCGGAGCACCUGCUCACCCCUGUGUGCAGAGGGAACUUGCUUGGCCCUCCCAUGGUUCUCUCCCUUCUGGGUGUCUUUGAGUUGAGCUCUCUCCCAUUGAUGCCUUUCUUCCUGAGGAUCCCAAUGUGUUUCUACAGCCUCUGGGUUCAGGGAGGGCAGGGCCAGAUAAUUCAGUUCUAGAUGACUCCAAGAGGGGCAACUGCAGGGCCCCAGGCCUGCCCACAUCGCCUCCUAUGGAAGAGGCUCCUGGCCUGGCUGUGCUGGGGGAG